AUGAAACAUUUGUCGGCAUUAAAUAACCCUUUGAAGUUGAUAUGUCGUAAUACAAACCAAACCAGAAACCAGAUCUAUCUAUCUAUCUAUCUAUCUAUCUAUCUAUCUAUCUAUCUCAGUCUGUUGAUUAUCUAUCUAUCUAUCUAUCUAUCUAUCUAUCUAGUCUGUUCAUUUCUAUCUAUCUAUCUAUCUAUCAUCUAUCUAUUCAUUAUCUAUCUAUCUGAUUCCGCUGGUAACAGCCCUCGGGCUGGCGAAGAGGCCAGACGCUGUCCGCAGACAAUAAAUGUUGGAUACCCGCUUCCUAAAUGCGCCGGCUUUUGUGGGGUUGCCAUCCUCCCUAGACUGUUAAACAUGGUUCUAACACAAGAAAUGAAGGCCUCGACAACCCCUCCCCCACGAGUCGUAGGUGACCAUAAUAACACUUCUAACUUCAUGUCGACCGGGAAGACUCGCCUUCCCACGGGUGCUGCCCUGUUUGCUCGCGUACUUUCAAGCGAACAGUCAGGGUCGCUAGCCACAUGUGGAAAAUGCAUCCUGCUCAGUGGAAUGAGAUUUAAAAAAAACGGCACGACGCCUCCCGUCGCUCGCACGCCCGCACCUAAGUGCCACAUCGUUUAUCCAAAUUUACCACCCGUAUUUCGAGCUGAACUACACACGGAUGAUUUGCCGCCGAUUUCAUGUCCUUUGUUGAUGAUUGUAAUGGUUAGAAUGAACAGAUGGGCGAUGAUAAUCUGA